AUGUUUUCUUCAAUACUUAAGGCACAUAUGUUGAUUCCUGCUCACUUGAUAGCUGAAGCCAUAUCAAAGCUUCGUGGCCUUGACUUGAGGUGGUCCGGUCCAAUUACGCAAACUGAAAUGCAAUAUGUUGAACAAUAUGUCUUUGCUAAGUACCCUGAGUACUGCAAUGGCCUUGUUGAAGAAGGGGACAGAAUUGAUCCUUAUAGUCUUUCCAUCAAUGAAGAAACUUCUGAAACCAUGUCUGAUGAAAAGCGCAAGCACUCUCCAAAGAGCGUUGGCUCGUCUUCACCCUCCUUCAGCAGCAAUCUCUCUUCUGAUCUUGAUAGAACCCAAUUGGAGCCUUCUUCAAGAUUACUAGACACCCUCACAAAGAAAUCUUCAUUUCAAGGGAAUUUCAUUUCAAUCCCGGAAAUUCAAGCCAGGAACAGAGCUUUGCAGCAUUGUGGACUAACUGAGGAUGAAUAUGUGGUACUUUUUGUACCUACUUCCAAGGAAGCUAUGCUGAUGGUAGGUGAAUCAUACCCUUUCUUCAGAGGGAACUAUUACAUGACCGUUAUUGGCGAAGAACAUGAUAGCAUAAAGGAAUUCGCGGCCCAUAAGGAGUCAAGAGUUGUUGCAGCACCAGAGAGUUGGCUGGACUUGAGGAUCAAAGGGUCACAAUUGAGCCAGUACUUCAGAAGGAAGUGUAAGCACACCCCAAAGGGACUUUUUUCAUACCCUGCCUAUUUGAAUGGCGUGCGUUACUCAAUGCAUUGGAUAUCGGAGGCUCAUAGGAAUUCGUGGCACGUUCUUCUUGAUGCUACUGGAUUGGAUGUUGGCAAGGAGAGGCUGACCCUUGCGUUGCAUCGGCCUGAUUUUGUGAUGUGUACAGUUGAUAAUACGCAUACUCAGCCGUCGAAGAUCACUUGCCUCUUAGUGAGGAGAAAGUCAUUUGAUACCACAGCUUUGUGAGCUUUGGUUCAUGCCUUCGAAGGUCUUGUAAUAAGUGAGACUAAAAACUUGUGUCAUUUCGUUUUGGAAAAACAUUUCUCUUGGGAGGGUGCAGACUGCAAACGUGCAGUCCUAUCAGUCUAGGGACAAGAAUGUAUGCCUAUGUCGAACUAUGUGUAUCUUAUUUGCCUCUUCACUCAAUUUAUCAUCAUAUAGAUGGGCUUGUCGCGAACUGUUUGAUAAUAGUUCCUUCAAUUUUCUUCAUUUUUGUGUCUGCAUUACCAAAU